CGCGAUGACGUCACUUAAAAGCGCCACAACCUUCAGUGCUAAUAUUUCUCUUUACAGUGCGAUAUAUAAUCGUAUCAUUUCUAGACAUGCAGAGAGCCGCGAAGUGUGCUUUGAGACCUGACCUUAGUCUUGCUUUCUGUCCAUCAAGCGUAAGGAACUGUCGCGCAGUAAACAGAGUAAAUGGCUCCGUGUUAUGUAGAAGAUACAGCGUCCUUCCUCCACCACGUGACGAAGAGGAGAAAGCCAUGCUGGACAGUAUGUUGAGGGUUGACCAUGCAGGAGAGUACGGAGCCAAUCGCAUCUACGCUGGGCAGAUGGCAGUUCUCGGAAGAACUCAGUCAGGGCCUCUAAUCCAACAUAUGUGGGACCAAGAGAAAAUACAUUUGGAAAAGUUUAACGAGAUCCUGGGCGAGCAUCGGGUUCGACCAACAUUAUUGUUGCCGUUAUGGAAUAUCGCUGGUUUUGCAUUAGGGGCGUGUACUGCUCUUCUGGGUAAGGAAGGAGCCAUGGCCUGCACUGUUGCAGUAGAGGAGAGCAUCUCAGAGCACUACAACAGCCAAAUCCGAACACUUAUGGAGACUGAUCCAGAGAGAUAUACAGAGUUAUUACAGAUUAUUAAAGAAUUCCGCGAUGAUGAAAUAGAACAUCAUGACACAGGAUUGGAGCAUGACGCUGAGUCGGUGCCAGGAUACUUUCUUUUGAAAACAGCAAUACAGGUUGGCUGUAAAGCUGCCAUCUAUAUUUCUCAGCGUAUUUAGAGUCAUUCUAACAAUGUAUCACAUGUAAAUAUGGUUUUGUUUCUCAUUCAUGUAUAGUAAACAGUUGAUGUA